GUAAUAUUUAUUACGAGACUACAUCAUGUUUUGACGUUGCGUCAGGAGGAUGUUAACAAUGAACAAUUUUUAUAGCAUUUAUAUUUUCUUCUUUAUUUGCGUUCUUCAUCUUACAACAUGUUUACCAGAACAAGGGAUCAAAGUCAUCAAAGCCACACAGAGUAAUUCCAAAUUCACAUUUGUAAAGACAACAUAUAACCAAACUAAAAUUUAUGUUAAAAUUUCCUGCCAGCCAGGGUCCAUUGAACCUGUCAGUCUGAGCAUCGCGUGGACUUUGCAGUAUUUUCCCUGUGCUAAUGAACUUCCUUUGAUUGGAGAUAAUUUGAGUCAAUCACAAUAUAUAUCCUACUCUGUCCAUACUGGUACCGGCCUCUCUAAGAUUGAGAUGUCUUCGAAUAAAACACUUCCCAUGGUGUGCAAAAGUCCCAUGUUUUUGCCUAAAUGGAACACUGAAUCUUAUAGGGUAGUUGACAUAACUCGAGAGAAUGCAACGAAAGAUAUAUUGAAAAGCAGACGACAUACACGAUCAGUGAAAAGUCCUGUACAAAACAGCACAGCUGCUACUGUUGCAAUGAGAGAGCACGAGAAACAUUCCUUUGUGGCAUCAACAUGGCAUGAUGGACCAUAUGCCUUUUUCUUAGAAAUCACUUCCAAAAAGGAAUUCACCGCUGAUAUUACAAUUCGAAUGGUGGGAAAGCAUGGAUAUUUAUCUGCAAAUGAGUGGCCCCUUCUGUUGUUCUUUGGCAUCAUGGGUCUAUUAUAUAUCUUCUAUGGCAUAGUUUGGUUACUUCUAUUGGCCUGCAACUGGAGAGACCUACUUCGUAUACAGUUUUGGAUUGGUGCUGUUAUCUUACUAGGAAUGUUGGAGAAGGCAGUUUUCUAUGCUGAAUACCAGAGUAUCAGUAGCACUGGAGUAUCGGUUCGAGGAGCAGUCAUUUUUGCUGAGUUGGUUUCAUGCUUCAAGCGGAUGCUGGCUCGCAUGCUAGUGGUCAUUGUCAGUCUUGGUUUUGGUAUAGUCAAACCCCGACUUGGACUCACCUUUCACAAAGUCCUCUGUGUUGGCAUGUUAUACUUCAUUUUGGCAUCUAUUGAAGGUUGCUUACGAGCCUUAAAGCCCAAGAGUGACCAAUCUAAAGAACUGAUGUUAGCCAAUGUUCCUUUAGCUGUUGUUGAUGCUGCUAUUUGCUGGUGGAUUUUCUCUGGCCUUGUACAAACCACCAGAACACUGCGACUACGAAGAAACAUAGUGAAGCUUUCACUCUAUCGACAUUUCACCAACACACUUAUAUUUGCAGUUUUGGCGUCCAUAUCCUACAUGGCUUGGUCAAUAUCCCAGCACAAACUCAAGUUCUGCCUUACAGAUUGGCGAGAAUUGUGGGUUGAUGAAGCCUUUUGGCAUCUGCUGUUUUCUGUGCUGCUCUUGGUUAUUAUGAUUUUGUGGAGACCCUCUGCAAAUAACCAAAGAUAUGCCUUUUCUCCAUUGCUCGAUGCUGAAGAUGAAGAUGAUGACGAUACUGUUAUGAACGAUGCUUUUGAUGGUAUGAAGAUGAGAGGAGCUAAACCUCUCUCGAAUGGAUCUCCAAAACAGAAAGAUUCCAAAAAUAAAGCAGAAGAUGAUCUUAAAUGGGUUGAAGAUAACAUCCCUACUUCAGUGGCUGACAAGGCCCUGCCUAGCCUAAUUGAUUCUGAUGAAGAAAUCAUGACAACAAAGUUUGAAAUAUCCAAAAUGGAGUAAAAAUGACAGAUACACCACAGGAAGGACAAUCUUGGACUUGGUUGUAUUGCUACAGAACCGUUAUUUAUAUCAAAGCUAAAUCUUCACCAAGUUGUGUGUGUAUAAAGAUAUAUAUGUGUGUGUGUGUGUUUGCAUAUCAAUAUGUAUGUAGUUUUUGUUUAUGUUGUGGUACAAAACCAUAUAAGUGCUCAAUACAAUUUUGUUGGAAAUGAA